UCUGGACAGUUCAUUUAUCACAUAUCAACAAUGUCGUAAGGUUGUAUUGUAACAUUGUAAGCAAUUGUAAGGUGAGCCGCGCGUAUCGCCGACGACAUGUUGUGAAAACAUUGUGUUUUUUGGCGGCUCGAGACACAACAAAACGUAUUCGUUUAAUCGUCAUAUAUCAAUUCGAUGGAAGAGAAUGGAGGCAAAAGAAUGAGGGGUAGAGCUCGUGGCCGAGGUCGUGGACGUACCCGAGGAGGUCGGGCUUCUAGAGGAAGAUCUAAGAAGCAAGUUAAGGUUAUAGAAAGUGAUGAGGAAGAUACUCCACAACAAACGGAAGAUACUUCUACAGAAACAGUUGGUGGUGAGCAGAACGAACAUGAACCUCCCGUGACUCAGCAACCUUCUCUCGAACAACAGUUCGACUUGGAAGCUGAUAUAUCGCAACUAGAAGCACCAACUUUCACGACCAUAAAUCGUGGACCGCCUGAACCGAUGCUACGUUUGAGAUGGGACCAUCGGGUGAAUCUUAUAGGAGAGAAAGUACUGAAUCCUAUGAUACAUUGUUGUGACAAAUGCUUGAAGCCUAUUCUCAUCUAUGGUCGUAUGAUACCUUGCAAACAUGUUUUCUGCCUAUCUUGUGCUAAGAGAGAAGACAAAGUCUGCCCUCGUUGUAUGGAGAAGGUAUCUAGAGUGGAGCAAACUGGCCUGGGUACUGUAUUUAUGUGUACGCAUGGCGGCACAAGAUAUGGAAAUGCUGGUUGCAGAAGAACAUAUCUGAGCCAACGAGAUCUUCAGGCUCACAUUAAUCAUCGACAUAUAUCGGCGCCACCACAACCUGUCCAAGGAAUGCAAGUUGAUCCUCCGCAAUAUGUACACACUAAACCAGAGAUGGAGUCACAGUUGACGAAAGUGUCCUCUGUACAGAUGCAAAACACGCGGCUUAAAUCUGUUCAGUCUCACAUGGUUCAACCGAUUAUAGGUAACGAUCCUCGUGUGAACUCAUUGGUGAAUCAACCAACAUUGGAGCAACAUCGACAACAUAGACAGCAACAACAACAGCAACAGCAGCAGCAAGCGAUGAUGUCGAUGCAGAGUUAUACGCAGAGUACCGCGCCUCCACCGCCGCCUCCAAAUAACGCUCCUAUGCGAACUAAUCUCAUCACAGUACCAAUUCAGGAUACAACGUCUUUAGCCACGCAUGAUCUUCACACGCAACAGAGUCAUCAUUAUUAUCAGGCACCACCACCGCCGCCUCCGCCGCCACCGCCGGCAGUUAAUUAUGGCGGUUAUAAUGUGCCACCACCGGUGUCGCAGUCGACACAACAGUACUAUUCACAGCCACAACAUCCCACUCAAGUGUCCUAUGUGCCACCACCGCCACCACCGCAGCAGCAACAGUACGUAUCAUCGGCACCGACCUCCAUACGACCAUCACCUACAGGUUAUAUACAGGAACCUCAAUAUGGUCCACCACCGUCUCAGCAACAACCGCCACCGCCACCACAGCCACAAUGGUCACAACAUCAACAGCAGUUUUAUAGAUAAAAAAGACGAGUGUUGUAGUCUAGUGAUAAAGUAAUCGACGCGUGAAAGACAUGAGUUUGAGCCUAUCACUUUAUAUAUAUUUCUAAGUGGAGAAACAUUUUCUCAAUUUAAAUAAGAAACAAAUUUCAAAA